AUGAAGGGCCUCCUGACCGCCGCGGCCCUCUCGCUCGCCGUCAGCGAUGUGUCGGCCCACUACAUCUUCGAGCAGCUGACCACGGGCGGCUCGAAGCACGCUGUGUACCAGUACAUCCGCAAGAACUCCAACUACAACUCGCCCGUGACCGACCUGACCUCCAACGACCUCCGCUGCAACGUGGGCGCGUCCGGGUCCGGCACCGACACCGUUACUGUGCAGGCCGGCUCGUCGUUUACUUUUACCUCCGACACGCCUGUGUACCACCAGGGGCCGACCUCCAUCUACCUCUCCAAGGCCCCCGGCUCCGCCUCCGACUACGACGGCAGCGGCGGCUGGUUCAAGAUCAAGGACUGGGGUGCCGACUUUAGCAGCGGCCAGGCCACCUGGAACCUCGGCAGCGACUACACCGCCACAAUCCCCAGCUGCAUCCCCGCCGGCGAUUACCUCCUCCGCAUCCAACAACUCGGCAUCCACAACCCCUGGCCAGCAGGCAUCCCGCAAUUCUACGUCGAAUGCGCCCAAAUCACCGUCACUGGCGGUGGCAGCGCCAACCCGGCGACUGUUUCCAUCCCCGGUGCCUUCAAGGAGACUGAUCCUGGGUAUACCGUUAACAUCUACACAAACUUCCACAACUACACCGUCCCCGGACCCUCCGUCUUCACCUGCUCAGGCAACGACAACGGCAACGGCGGCAACCCUCCCGCGACCACCACCUCGGUGAAGCCCCCGGCCUCGACCAGCACCAAGCCGCCUGCGUCGACGUCGUCGGCGCCGAGCGGUGGGAAUGGAUGCACUGUUGCUCAGUGGGCCCAAUGCGGCGGCAAGGACUACACCGGCUGCACGGUCUGCGCCAGCGGGUCGACCUGCAAGGUGACCAACGACUACUACAGCCAGUGCGUGUAA